UCCGAGUCAGCACACGCCGCAUUCGUCCAUCGCGCGCGCACCACAGCUGAAGCGUUUACCACCGCGAAAAACCGUCACGCGCACGUAACGGCCACACACACUACCCGCUCACCCGGUGCAUCGUUCCUCGUCCGGUCGUCGGUGAACCAGUGCGGACGCGGUGCCGUCAUGUAACCAAGAACUUUUUAACUGUUUGCCAAUUUCUCCUGUAAACGUCUGGGGUCCCGAUGUCGAACCAUCAAUACGUAGAAAUAAAUGUCGCAACGGAAAUUCAUUCAUGUUCAAAUGAACGGUAGCAGUGGCAGCGUUGGCAGCGGAAGGCAAAGAAGGAGACAGAAAAAGGAGAAAACGUAGUGGCCGAGUAGUCAGUGGCGGCGGUGGUGAUGGUGGUGGUGACGAUAACGUCAUGAUUGAUGGACUCGUGAACGCGUGGAGAUACAAACGUUAAAAAAUAGAAGGAAAGGAAGGAAACGCCGGAAGAAUACAAAAAGAAAAAAAAGCCGGUCCGAGGGAAAAGGAUCGAGAUCGCCGAGGAUCCGGUCGUCCUGCGACGCAGCGAACGCGUGACGUAACGUAACAGACGUCGUUCUCCGAUCGACUUCGACCACGGUCGAUCGAGAAUGGCCAACGGAAGCGGCGGCGGCGGUGGCGGCAUCGUAGGCGGAGGUGGAGGCGGAGGCGGUGGCGGGUACGAGGCGCUGCAGAACGUCGCGCCCAACGUGUUCCCGCCCAUAUACAUACCGGCCGGCGGAGGGAACGGGACGCGCGAGUCCAACUUCACCGCGGAGGCCAUCGAGCGCGAGUACGUGGAGGACUACGUGUUCCAGGCCGCGUUCUCGUUCGUCUACCUGCUCAUAUUCACGCUGGGCGUGUUCGGCAACGUGCUCGUCGUCUACGUGGUAUGGGCCAACAAGCACAUGCGCACCGUCACCAACAUAUUCAUCGUCAACCUGGCCGUGUCCGACAUCAUGCUCUGCGGCCUGGCCGUGCCGUUCACGCCUCUCUACACGUUCACCGGUCAUUGGAUGUUUGGUGAGAUAUUCUGUCAUAUCGUGCCAUACGCCCAGGGUACAAGCGUAUACACGUCCACGUUGACGCUGACGUCUAUUGCCAUCGACCGGUUCUUCGUCAUCAUCUACCCGUUUCAACCUCGGAUGACCAUAUGGACCACGGCGCAAAUAAUCGCUACCAUAUGGAUAUUCUCGCUGGUAGCUACACUUCCGUAUGGUAUUUACAUGGCCAACAAGGAGAUGUAUGGCAAAGAUUUUUGCGAGGAAACGUGGCCGCAAGAGACGUUCAGAAAGAUAUUCGGCGCCAUUACUGCCAUAUUACAAUUCGUGCUGCCGUUUCUGAUCAUAGCUUUCUGCUACGUGCGGGUGUGGCUCAAGUUGAACGACCGGGCCAGAUGUAAGCCGGGUACGUCGACGAAAAACGCGAGGCGAGAAGAAGUCGAACGUGAGAGGAAAAGUCGGACUAACAGGAUGUUGAUCGCUAUGGUAACGAUCUUCGGCGUGUCCUGGUUACCGCUGACCGCUAUCAACCUGCUAAACGAUUUCUACCUUCAGACGGCCACAUGGAAGCACUACUAUCUGUUCUUCUUUUCGGCACAUGCGGUGGCCAUGAGCUCCACGUGCUACAACCCGUUUCUAUACGCUUGGCUAAACGAGAAUUUCCGGAAAGAGUUCAAACAGGUGCUACCGUGCUGGCGCAACGGUUCGGCGUACGGUGGCGUCGGUGCGGACUCGGGCCAGGGUCGACGGGGGCGUGUGGGCGGCUAUCGGUCCGAGAGAACGUGCAACGGCAACGACACGUGCCAGGAAACCCUGUUGCCCACAUCCGUAGUAAUACCGUCCGGCCGGACCACCGCUACCACCGAUUGCACCGGACUCGAUCUCGUGGAUGGAUUGAUGAUCGGAGAUCAAGAGGACAAUCAGGAUGCAGUCGAAGUGAUGCUGGUUUCGUACACCCGUGAUGACGGCAUUUCUGGACGUUCUAGUAAUCUACAACAGAACUCCGUUAAAACCCAAGUAUAAACAUCUCAACGGACAUUCUCUGAACCAUAUCUACGAGCACUACAUAACUAUGUUCGAUAUGAUUCCAAUUUCCGCCGCAAACUAAUUUACGCCUAGCCCAAAAUGAUAAGACUUAUAGUUGCCUAAGAAACUUUAUAUAAACGAUACGAAUAUGUUAAUACUCAAUUUACAAUUGGUAAUUAAUUUUAAACAAACAAUUAUAAUAAUUAUAAUAUAUGUAACAUAUUAUUAUAGUAUUUGCUAAAACUCAUUAACUAGAUAAGUGUGCUAUGUGUGAAGGAAAUUAUGUUUCUAA